AUGUCCGAUAUUAACCAAACUAAAUACAGUGAACUGCGAAGUAUCUACAAAUACUACAUAGAUUCAUAUAAUGUGUUGUAUCGACUGAAAAGUGAUAAUGAAGAAGAAUUAAACAAGAUUUACACAAUGAUCACAAUGGAAUUGAUAGAUUCAAAUAAAUAUCUUCCCCAAAAAAUAAUGGAAGAUAUUUUAUGUAUCAUUCAAUAUAAUAAUCGCUAUACAAAGUCAUAUUUAUAUCUUGCCAAACUAAUUUAUGAUGAUUAUCAUGUAACAGAGUCAUCCAAAGUUCCAUUAGAUGUUAUCUACCUAUUUUAUAAAGAAUAUGGAAUUAAAUUAAACAAAUCUUAUGAUUUCGAAGAAAUUAACUCAGAAAAUCUCGAUAUUCAUACAGAAGAUACAAUUUACAAAGCAAUCAUGUACAAUGACUUAGAAAGAUUCAUCACAUUCACGGAAAGUGAUGAAUUUGAUUAA